AUGAGUGUGGACAAAAACGAAGAGACGGGAGCAACAAAAGUGUCAACAGCUAGUCUUCCAGCGCUCCCACAGGAGCUAGCGGAAUAUAUUAUCAUGAUAAUUGUGAAUUUCGCAAACGUUGGUCUUGUUCUUAUCAAAGGUGUCGCUGCAUAUGUUUCUUGCAGUUUUUCAAUUGGAACAUCUGCAAUUGAGAGUUUUGGAGAUGUAUUCGUCAGCAUUUUGUUGCUGGUUCAACUUUGUUUGGACAAACGAGUAAAAAAAUCAGAAUACCCCAGAGGAAGGUCAUCAGAAUCUACAACUAAUCUCACUGCAUCUGUGGUUAUGAUGGCUUUGGCGUUUGUAAAUUUUAUUCAAAGUUUUGAUGCAUUAAUUACAGGAAAAUUAGAACCGGACUUUGGACUUCCUCACAUUCUUGUAAUUGUCGUGAACAUUCUAGUAAAAAUAUUCUUGUUUUUCGUAUGUCUAUUAAAAAGAGAGAACAACCAAAUCAGAGUUUUGAUGAGAGACCAGCUGACUGACGUGCUCACUAAUAGCAUUGCACUUAUCGCCGUUUGUAUUUCAUACACAGUGUGGAAGGAGUGUGAUUUUAUUGGAGCCACAAUAAUCUUCUUCCUGAUUGUCAGAAAUUGGGCACCGAUUGUUUCCGAAUCAUGGUUCAAGCUUCAAGGAGUCAAGGGCAGUAAAGAUAUCAAUAAGAAAAUUGCAGACCUUCUAUCCACUAAUCUUGGUCUGUUCUCUACUCUCACUGGAUAUGCCACUUAUCACAUCGGAAACAAAGCUAUUGUUGAAAUCUAUUGUGAAACUGAAAAUUCCGAAAAACGUGCUGAAAUCCUUUCAAAGUUUGUGGAUGACGAGAUCCACGCUGUUUAUCUUCUACCCGUUGAAGAAUCUAAGGCAAGCAGAGUUACACAUGUGACCCUGAAGACACUCCCAGUUGAAGGAGACAGUGACAGGACGGCGGAAACCGAUGCUGCAGUGCAGCUACUUCAGAAAGUGUAG